CUCUGUUGAUUUUGCCAUUCUACACGCUCUUUCAUUAUGCCUCAGAACGAGUAUAUCGAGCGCUGGACGAAGCAGCACGGUAAGCGCCUCGAUCACGAUGAGCGCGCCCGCAAGAAGCAGGCCCGUGAGGGACACAAGCAGUCCAAGGAUGCCCAGAACCUGCGCGGUCUGAGGGCCAAGCUGUACCAGCAGCAGCGCCACAAGGAGAAGAUUCAGAUGCGGAAGCGCAUCAAGGCCCAGGAGGAGAAGAACGUCAAGUCUUCCGCCCCCGAAGAGCCUUCCAAGACUCCUCUGCCCCAGUACCUGCUCGACCGUUCUCAGGCUACCAACGCCAAGGCCCUUUCCAGCGCUAUCAAGGACAAGCGGAAUGAGAAGGCCGCCAAGUUCGCUGUGCCCUUGCCCAAGGUUAAGGGUAUCAGUGAGGAGGAGAUGUUCAAGGUCGUCAACACCGGAAAGAAGACACACAAGAAGUCGUGGAAGCGCAUGAUCACCAAGCCCACGUUCGUCGGCAACGAUUUCACCCGCAGACCCGUCAAGUACGAACGCUUCAUUCGCCCGAUGGGUCUCCGUUAUAAGAAGGCCAACGUUACGCACCCCGAAUUGGGUGUCACCGUUCAGCUUCCUAUCCUCUCCGUUAAAAAGAACCCUCAGAACCCCCUCUACACCCAACUGGGUGUUCUGACCAAGGGUACCGUGCUCGAAGUCAACGUCUCCGAGCUGGGACUUGUCACCACGUCAGGAAAGGUUGUUUGGGGAAAGUAUUGCCAGGUGACCAACAACCCCGAUCUCGACGGCACCGUCAACGCUGUUCUCCUUAACUAAACCCAAAACACCCGCUUCCCUGUCAACGAUCAUGACAAACGGCUCUUUCUAUCAAUCCGUUCUCCUAUAACUCGGCCCUCUUGCGUUGGUUGUGCUCGUUCUCUUCGUUGUAUUUCCUCAGUGGAUAUAUUUUCCUCAUUGGUGUGGCGUUAGUGGCGCGCAAAGUGUGCUCGUUCCUUUGACUUUUCUAAAAGAGAUUCCCGUUAUCGAAUCGCUCUCGACCAUAGUAGCUAGAUCCAAGACCUCCAAUUGAAUUGAUAACUCAC